CUGAAGUCUUUAUGGUAUAAUCGUAAAAAAGAGGAGUGACAGGGAGAAAAAGGAAUCAUAAAUUGAAAAGAUUGAAAGCUUUUUCAGAAAAGAGCUCUUCGACCAAGAGAAAAUCGAUCGCGAUGAAAUUUAAUUAAGAAUUUAUAUAACAAACUCUCUUUUAUAAUGACAUAUCAGACUCUGCGGAAACGAUAAAUGGACUCCCUUCUUAUUUGAACUUCUUGUAUGAAGGAUCAAAAAUAUCAGAGUUUUUCACAGAUAAUAAACCAAUAGGGCGGUACUGAAU